AUGCCUUUGAUGAUGCAAUCGAGAUGGGACCUUCUUGCAUAUUUAAGAAAUGCUGAACUCAUUUCCUUAAAGAAUUUACCAAACUCUGUAUUUGAUGAGCUUUCGACUUGCUCAAUGGAACAAGACUGUGCCGCGCGAUGUUCAUCGCUGAUAAUUUCCUUAGCAAGCUUCGAAGAUUCUCAAAAGGAUGCUUCUCGCAUUAUAGUAAAGGGUUUGGAGUCACCAUCUGGCGCUGUUCGAUCGAAUGUUGUAAGAUCAUGGCUGUCUCGUCUUAUUUCUGUUCGGAAAACUCAAAAAUGUGUAGAAUUAGUUAUCGAAACCGUUCAAAAUCACAUAAAAUCUUUGGAAAAUUCACCUAUUUUGCCUCUUUCGUUUCGAGACCUUCGGAGCUUCACAUGUGUCGAUUUGGAAUGGAGGUCGACAUUUGAUGAUGACCCGUUUUCAGAUUGUCAGCUUGCAUUGAUGGCAUAUCUCGAUAUUUUUAUUGCAUUUUGUGGAGCCGGUGCACAAUAUUCAAUUCGAAAUCUUCUUGAAAUUGAGAUUUUAAAAAAGUGUCUGAAGCACUACGAUGAAAAUGUUCGAUUAUUAGCGUAUGAAGUUUGUAGAAAAUACAAAAUUUAUCCCACAGAUUUAGAAUGCCAGCUACUUCGUGAUCUCGAGCGCGAUUUUUGUGAAAGUGUGAUGCGCGAGAUUGAUGACGAAAUGUUGAAGAACCUGAGUGAUUCCUCGCAAGAGACAAUCAUGAAAAUUAGAAUGAGCGAAUCCGAAAAAGAUAAGUCAUCUCGUUUUUAUCCUGCGUCAAAUUGUCCGCAAUUAGACGGCAUUAUUUCUGUUGAAGACUUCGAAGCGUCGAAAUCUUCAUUGGAUAAUUUAUUGAAACUUCAAUGUCCUUCCGAGGCUUAUCCGUCAGUAGCUGCUGUUAUGAAUGUGUUGCGAUCGUUAGAUAUCGACGAGCGUGCGUUUGUUUCAAAAAUUACGAGUUUAUUAGAGUGUGCUUGUGCUGCAAAUCAUAAAGAAUAUUCAAAAUUUGUUUUUGAAGCGAUAUCCAAAUGCCCAUUACGCGCUGUCGUCGACUUCGGAGGCGAGAUAAUCCGUAGAAUUUCUCUUGAGGAUUUCAAAUUUCGGGAAGCAAUUUUUGAAAUGGCUUGCGAUUUGUUCAGCACGGCAACCGAAAAUACAAGAGCCUUGACAUUCGAAGUGUGCUUCUUAGGAACAAUCGGACAAGAUUCGAAGAAAUUCACGCGAAUUUGGACAAUUUGCAAGAAUCUAAAAAAUGUAGAAAAAAGAAGGAAAAUGUUUGAAAUGCUCGCGAAAAUUGUUGCAAACUCUGGAAUAUCAAUAGAAACUAACGAACUUCUUGAAAUGAUGAUUGAAAGUCUCAAUUAUUGCUGCACUCAGUUGUUUGUUGCAACGACUGGAAAAAUUUUGGAAAUCCGCCACGAAGUUGAUAGAUGCUAUUUGUUUGUGAUCGGACGAAAAAAGAAUGAAGUUUAUCGUUUGAUCGAUGAGAUUUUGUCGAAAAAUCCGAGCGAAUUUUCAAAAAAAGCCUUUCACCUUGCACUUUUCUUCUUUUCUCGAUUCGUUAUCUGCUCGUUCGAGUUUUACAAUGCGAGCCAACUCGCGACAAUUCGAAGGAUAUGUCGAUUUAUUUUGUACACAUUGAGAAGAUUUUCGAAAGAUCAAAUAAUGAUUAGCGCUGGAGUUGAAGCGAUUUGCGGAUUUGUGCCAUGGGACAAUUGCCGUGAUUUUGCAUUAAAUUCAUCGAAAUAUUCCGAAAGUCUGGAUUAUUUGGAGCGAAUAAUCAUCGACAAUUUACAUCAUUAUCAUUAUUGUUAUCUUCUUCAAAAAAGCAUCGCUUCUGAAAAAUUUGUGAAAAUUGCUGAUGUUCUUGAUCUUCAAGUUUACAAAUUCAUGAAAAUUUCGAGCGAUGAGCCUAAUUUGGAGCGAGCUGUGGAAAAUUUCGUGAAAGAAACAACGAAUUGUGCAAAAAUGCCGCUCUUGGCAUUGACAUUUGCAUUACUAUGCGAGCGCAUUAAGGAAUCGUAA